UCUCUCUCUCUCUCUCUCACUCCUCUACUUGUCGAGUGUGGACUGUGGAGCUCUGUCUCCAGAGAGAGAAAGAGAGAGAGAGAGAGAGAGUGGGGACGAAGAAGCCCAAACAAAAAAGAAGGGCAACAAUGGCGGAGGAGGUCGCGUGCGUCCAGCCCAUCCCCAAACAUUUAAGCAAAAUCCCCCCUUAAAGUUCGCAUCUUUGCAGACCCGUCACCUCUCGGCUCCCAAAUCAAGGAUCAGAUUCGUGGAUUUGAUGUGGUAGAGGAUUAUUAUUAUUAUUAUUAUUAUUUUGGUUGAGGCUAGAGUGUUUGAUGAGUACCCAAAAAGAUCGAUUCUGAAUCCAAAAAAGAGAGAGAGAGAGAAAAAAGGUGAAGGUUUUGAGAUUUUGACCCCUUUUUCUAAAGCUUCCUUUGAAAUGCUGUCUCUGCGGCUCUAAUUGGUAAUUCACAGGGUUUCAAGAUCAAGAGCAAAAUGCUGGUACUUGGGGGAAUUGUAGAGCAGUAGUUGCAGUAGUGUGGUGGAAUUUGGGGUUGGAUUUGUAGAUUAAAUAGUAAUUGCGGCAGUGUUGUGGAAUUUGGGGUUGGAUUUGUAGAUUAAUUAGUGGUUGUAGUAGUGUUGUGGAAUUUGGGGUUGGAUUUUUGGAGCAGUGGUUGAAGUAGUGUUUCGGAAUUUGGGGUUGGAUUUUUGGCGUAGUAGUUGCAGUAGUGUUGUGCAAUUUGGGGUUGGAUUUGUAGAGUAGUCGCCGCAGUAUUGUUGGAAUUUGGGGUUGGUAUAGUGGUAAAAAUCGGGGAUCACAAUGGCGUCGUGGGAUCAGCUCGGCGAGCUGGCGAAUGUGGCGCAGCUGACGGGGCUCGACGCCGUCCGCCUGAUCGGGAUGAUCGCACGGGCGGCGACGACGGCGCGGAUGCACAAGCGCAACUGCCGCCAGUUCGCGCAGCAUCUGAAGCUGAUCGGGAAUCUCUUGGAGCAGCUGAAGAUUUCGGAGCUGAAGAAGUACCCGGAGACGCGGGAGCCGCUGGAGCAGCUCGAGGACGCGCUCCGCCGCUCCUAUAUCCUUGUUAACAGCUGCCAGGACCGCAGCUACCUGUAUCUCUUGGCCAUGGGUUGGAACAUUGUGUACCAGUUCCGCAAGGCGCAGAGCGAGAUCGACCGCUAUCUCCGGAUCGUACCCCUCAUCACCCUCGUCGACAAUGCUCGAGUCAGGGAACGACUAGAAUAUAUUGAAAAGGAUCAAUGUGAAUAUACUUUUGAUGAAGAGGACAGAAAGGUGCAAGAUGUGUUAUUCAAUCCCGAUCCUUGUAGGAAUAAAACAGUGGUGCUCAAAAAGACUCUUUCUUGUUCUUAUCCUAACUUGCCCUUUGAUCAAGCCCUUCAAAAAGAAAAUGAAAAGCUCCAAAUGGAACUUCAACGGUCGCAGAGCAAUAUGGAUAUUGGACAGUGUGAAGUUAUUCAACGUUUGCUUGGAGUGACUGAAACUGUGGCUAGUACCCUACAAGAGAAGAGUACGAACCUCAAGGAUUCCAAAAAAGAGGAGUCAGAAUAUUUAGACACCAAUGAUGAUAAAGCUCAUUCAUUUGACGAAGACUACACUAGCAAACAAGGUGCUUAUGUGGCAUCAAGAAAUGCUUCUCCAGUGUCGUCUGGUCGUGACUUGAUCUCAAAUAGAGGAUCAUACAGACAUGAAGAAUGGAAUGCAGAUUUACUCGGUUGCUGUUCAGAGCCUUAUUUAUGUUUGAAGACUUUCUUUUAUCCAUGCGGGACAUUCUCAAAGAUAGCGACAGUUGCAAAAAGCAGGCCUGUUUCUUCUGCAGAAGCGUGCAAUGACCUCAUGGCAUAUUCACUGAUAUUAUCAUGUUGUUGCUACACCUGCUGUGUGAGAAGGAAGCUUCGCCAGAUGCUGAAUAUUACGGGGGGUUUCUGUGAUGACUUCCUCUCACAUCUGAUGUGCUGCUGUUGUGCCCUUGUUCAAGAAUGGCGCGAAGUAGAGUUUCGUGGGGCUUAUGGCACUGAGAAGACAAAAACAAGCCCCCCACCUUCUCAGUACAUGGAAUCGUAAGUCACAGAUAUCUGUUGUGCUUCAGCUUGGCUUGUAUAAUCUCUAGUCUAUUAAUUCUAAUAUAUGAAAGUUAACUAAUGGUGGUGCCUACUAUACAUAUAUAGUUAACAGUUUACAAUGUUUGUCUUGUUAUUCCGGUUGGGUAUUUGCUUGUAUACCUCAUAUUGAUCCUUGCUUUUGUAUUAUAUACAUAUGUUGUUGUGGAAUGGUGUUGCUUCAUUAGUGGACAGUGUGUUGGCUUAUUUUUUGAUGUAGUUGCACUGUCGAAAUGCGCCAUUGUACUAUGUUAUGGGACUGCAAAAACUAACUUCUACAAGCAAAAAUUCUGGGAGUGGAAAA